AUGGCGGAGGCAGGAGGCAGCACUCAGGACGUGGAGGAGGAGAAGGAGCGCGCCCUGGGGCUGCCGCGCAGGGAGGAGGAGCUGCGUCCGCACCUGCUCAUCAUCCCGCUGCACGGUGUCAGCGCCGUAUCUGCACACCCCUUUGCGGGUCAGCCCCCCCACCCCGGCGCCCCCAGGGGAGCCCCGGGCAGCCUCCAGGCGGACUCCCCUGCCAAGACCGUGAACGGCAGCGCCGCCGAGGGGCCCCGAGCGGAGAGAGCCCGCAAGCCCCGGGGGGCGGCGACUCCAGCGGCUGCAAGAAGGACUCCCGCUCCGAACAAGACCCGUGUAACCCGGAGCCCAGCCAGGGCCACGGACGGGCCCGCCCAGACCGCCCCGGCGGCGGCAGAAGAAAGAUCAGCGGCCCCACAGGACGCUCUCCCGCCAGGACCAGAGCCCCCGCCACGCCCGCUCCCGCCGGGCGCCAAGCAGGGCCAGGCGCAGCGCAGGGGGCGGAGCCGCGGCAGUGACCGCAGUAGCAGCGCCGGCCGCCAGCGCAGCCGCCGGGGGCUCCGCUUCCCGCGCCCGCGCCCCCCAGCCGGCGCCGGAGCACCCGGGACAGGAGAACCGCGUAGACUGGCAGUUUCUGAGAAUCGCAGACCUACCGCCUAGCGCUGUGCAAACGUCGGACGCGAGUUUCGGGGGCUCUGUGCCGCCCACGCGUGAGCCCCAGGGAAGGCGCGCCCGCGGCAGCUGGAGAGGAAGUGCCAAAAGUCGUGGGCAGCCAGAGGCACUGGAAAGAAA